AUGGGCGGGCCACGGUCCGACUCGCCACUGCCUCCUGAGGGCACCACUCCAGCCCCCCCCCCCUCCCGACUGCCAACCACUUCUGUGCACGGUGACACUUACACCUUCAACCUCUAUCCACGCUACCACCUGUCCUCUUCAAAAAACGUCCAAACCAGACCGUACGUGUCCAUACACCGCCAACCCACCCCGAGCCGCUUGGAGGUGUCCCGGGCGGAGCUGUCCUCGUCGGCCGAGUCCUUCCUCCGUCAGCAGAACAGCGCCCUGGCCCUCGCCUGUGAGAGCUUCGCCAGAGCCAACUGGGCGUUCCAGACCAACCUCACGAACCACAACAAGAUGAGGAAGAUCACGAGGCAGGUAGAAUACGCGCGCGUGCGGAAGGAGGCGUGGCAGAAGGCGAAGAAGUGGGGGAAGGUGCGGCGCCAUCUCGGGGAGGAGGCGCGGAGGCAGCUCGAGGUCCUGGCUGCGCUGGGGACGGCCGCGCUGCCCGAGCGGGACUUGAGGGAGUACGCCAACAUCGUAUCUGAAAUGUCCCGGAUCUACAGCACGGCUACGGUGUGCAGCUUCAGCGACCCCGACAAGUGCGACCUAACACUCGACGAAGACGUAAAGGACAUCCUGAAGAAUAGCAAGAACAGCGAAGAACUGGCGCACAUCUGGCUUGCCUGGCGACGGAACACAGGCAGAAAGAUGAGGAAAAGUUACGAAGAUCUUGUACCUCUGUUGAACAAAGCUGCCGCAGCCAAUGGAUUUAAGAACAAAGUCGAAAUGGAUUUGCGAGCUUACGAAAGCAACAGUUUCCGAGCCGACGUCGGGGCGCUGUGGACCGAACUGAAGCCCCUUUACGAGCAGCUGCACGCCUACGUCAGGGCGAGGCUGAGAGAGGUGUAUGGAAAAGUGGUAACAGAACGAGGUCCUCUCCCAGCUCACUUGCUGGAGAUGUUUGGCUCAGACUUGGAGAUCUAUGACCUAGUCUCACCCUUUCCCAACGCAACAGCACUGAACAUAACACAGGAGAUGAUAAAGCAGGGAUACACGCCCCAAAAGAUGUUCCAGUUGGCUGAUGACUUCUUUGCCUCCCUGGGCAUGAGUCGCGUCCCUGACACGUUUUGGAAACAUUCUGUUCUGGAGAGGCCAAAGAGCGGCGAUAUUGUCUGCCAUCCAUCUGCUUGGGAUUUCUGUGAUGGAGAAAAUUUCAGGGUCAAGCAGUGCACUCAAGUAACCUUGUCUGACCUGAUCACUGCCCAUCAUGAGAUGGGUCACAUCCAGUACUUUAUGCAGUACAAAGACCAACCACAUAUCUUUCAGCGCAGUGCAAAUCCAGCCUUCCAUGAAGCUGUCGGAGACCUCAUUGCCCUUAGUGUGUCCACCCCAAAGCACAUGUCAACACUUGGCCUAUUUAAGAAGAGCUCACAAAAGAGACAGAAAGAAAUUGAGUUGAACUUCCUAAUGAAGAUGGCACUGGAUAAGGUUGCUUUUCUGCCAUUUGCAUACCUCAUGGACUUGUGGCGCUGGAGAGUUCUUGACGGCACUUAUCCUCAUAGGGAUUGGAACUGUGCUUGGUGGGAUCUCAGGUAUGAGAUUCAAGGAAUGAAACCCCCUUCUACACGUACAGAAAACGACUUUGACCCUGCGGCAAAGUUUCAUGUGGCGGUGAACUCUCCAUACAUCAGAUACUUUUUGAGCACCAUUAUUCAAUUUCAGUUCCACAAGGCUCUGUGUAUGAAAUCCCAAGAGUAUGACCCUGAUAAUCCCUUGAAGCCACUUCAUAAAUGUGAUAAUCACCAAUCAAGUGAAGCUGGAAGUGCUCUUAGAGAAAUGCUUAAGCUAGGCUCGUCAAAACCCUGGCAGGAAGUACUAAGAAUCCUCACAGGAGAGGAGAGGAUGGACACCUCAGCCCUGCGGGAAUACUUCCAGCCCCUUGAGAAGUGGCUAAGAGAAGAGAAUUCAAGACGAGGAGAAUCUGUUGGAUGGCGGCCAGAUGGUCAGUAUUGCUUGUACAAGAGUUCAGAAGCAGGACCUGAAAGCAAUUGCACAUUUGCUCAAGAUUCACCACCUGUAACUUCCACUCCACCUUCUCCACUUGCUCCACCUGCUCCACUUCUUGCAGCUUCUACAAUCAUUCCACCUUAUACAGCUGAUCUACCUGUAAGACCUGAGGUUAUUGAUGAAACCAUUCAUCCUAGUACAGCUGCUUCAUACAAAGCACCUUCGACACUUGUUCCAGAUGUUGGUAGCAUUGCUUCUGUUCUCCUUGAUACAGCAGUCACACCUGUUCCUGACACUGAUGACACUUUGUGAUUUCAGAUGAGUUUUCUUUACUUGUUUGUAAUCUUAAUCUUCCAAACUUUUUAUAAAUGAUCUAAAAGGGAGUAAGAGAAUAACUAUCUAUCUAUUUGUCUCUAAAAAGAAUAAU